AUGCCGAGGGCGCGCAUGAUCUCGAUCGGGAAGAGGUCGACGCAGACGGGGGCCCCGCUGGCUCUGACGAUGUCGAGGUACCUCAUGAACUGCUCGUGGACCAAGACGUUGAUCUCGGCUUCGGAAGGCCUCGUGAAGUUGUGGUUUAGGGUCGAACCAUGCGGACUUGCGGUCGACCGUCGACCGAGCAUCCUCGUAAGUGGCGACUUUGCUGACAUCGAAAAUGGUAAUGGCGAGGUUGAUGCCGCUACCGACGAAAGCCUCGAGUAUGUCGGGCUCGGUUGUGUAGAUUCGGGCCGCGGGAACAUGGUUUUGGAGGAGGAGAUCGACCACCACGGAAGCCGCUGUGCGUUUUGCCGGCCCCAAUUUACGCCGAUUACACCCUCGGUUACGAGGACAUUGGUGCAGCUCAUUGUUGCAAUGAAUAAUGCAGCUGCAUAUGAAUAUGAUGAUGAGAAAUGGAAAUUG